AUGUUAAGAGCUGAGGUGUACGUAUCCUCCCGACUGCCCAUCGCAGUACAACGAAAUGGCGAGCCCAGCUUCUUUUCGCCAAUCUCUUGUACCUUGAUUCACGGCCCCACAGAAGCCGUUCUAAUUGAUACCCCCAUUUCCACAAGCCAGACUGAAGACCUGGUGAGAUGGAUGAAGGAGCGAAUCCCGAACAAGUCUCUCAAAUACAUUUACAUAACCCACGGGCAUGGUGAUCACUUCUUUGGCAUUAGCACGGUGCGAAGGCAAUGGCCCAGCGCUCAAGCAAUUGCUACUGAAGGAACUGUCGCGCACAUGAAACAACAAUUGGAACCCCAAUGGUGGAACGAUGCCUGGCUCAAAUUCUUUCCCGGCAACCAAAUCGAUACGCCCGUCGAGCUGGCCACACCGUGGCUAUCUGAUCAAUUCCACGUCGACGGGCAGGUCCUCAAGAUCUUUGAGGUUGGCCAUGCCGAUACUCACGAUUCCACCUUUGUAUACGUGCCCGACCUCGAGUUGGUUGUGGCGGGGGACAUUGUCUACGGCGAUGUGCACCAAUAUUUUGGGGAAGCCAACACAUCCAGCAAAAGACAAGAGUGGCUACGGGCCAUUGAGAAGAUUGAAUCACUAAAUCCCAAGAUUGUGAUUGCUGGUCACAAGCGUCCUGGGUCGGUGGAUGCGCCUUACUACUUGGGGGCAACAAAGGCUUACAUUAAGGAUUUCGAGGACGUUUCGGCGGGAUCCGCUACUGCUGAAGGCAUUGCUGGUGCGGCGGCUGCUAUCAAGGGAAAAGUCAAGGAAAUCUAA